GUUCCUCUGACCUCACGCAAAUGUGUUCCACCCUUUUAUUGUCACAUGAUCUAGUUAGGUUGAGCGUGUUGUAAACCUGCCGCUGACAUUGAUAAGACUGACUGUAUCGCAAAGUUUAUCUUCUACAUAUUUCAGGUAGAACAUAGAUAAAUUAACAUUGUUAUUUACAGAACAGAUCACUGGACCUUGACCGUUUUGAAGUCGUAUGCUGACUGUUUGUCUUUUCAUUUCCAGAAAGCCUGCAUGGAAAAAGGUUUGGGCACCCCUGCACUAGAGUUUCCACAGUCUCCAAAGCUUUCCUGCUUCUCUCAUAAUGACUGACCCUCAACCAUCUGUACUGCUCAACAAUGAUAUUCAGAUGCCUCUGUUGGGAUUGGGCACUUUCCGUUUGCAGGGUCAAGAAGACACUUACAGUGCUGUGGACGCUGCUUUAAAGGCCGGUUAUCGUGCCUUUGACACUGCUGCAGUGUAUCGUAAUGAGGCACAUCUAGGUCAUGCCCUCCGUUGCCUGCUGCCCAAGCAUGGCCUCUCACGAGAAGAUGUUUUCAUUACUAGUAAACUGGGUCCUAAAGAUCAAGGCUCCAAAGCCAGGAAUGGUUGCCAGAAGAGCCUGGAGCAGUUGGGACUGGGCUAUAUUGACCUGUAUCUUAUUCACUGGCCAGGCACCCAGGGGCUGCCCGUCGGGGAUAAACGAAAUCCUGAAAACCGUGCUCAAAGCUGGAGAGUUUUAGAGGAGUUCUAUUCUGAGGGCAAAUUUCGGGCCAUUGGAGUGUCUAAUUACACAGUAGAGCACAUGCAGGAGCUGUUAAAGAGCUGUAAAGUCCCCCCGGCAGUUCUUCAGGUUGAGUUUCACCCAAAGCUGCUCCAAAAUGACCUGAGGGGUCUUUGCAAGAUUAGAGGGGUGUGUUUUCAGGCAUAUUCAUCCCUUGGAACUGGGCUUCUUCUGUCAAACCCUGUUGUUCUGGAAAUUGCUAAAGAGUGCGGUAGGACACCAGCCCAAGUGUUGCUGAGGUGGGCUGUACAACAGAGCAUUGCUGUUCUGCCGAAAUCAUCUCAGCCAGAACGCGUGAAGGAGAAUGGGCGUCUGUUUGACUUUGAGAUUAGCGAGGAGGACAUGGAAAGGCUCUCCGCUCUUGACUGUGGGGAGAAAUUCUGCUGGGAUCCCACACAAGUUUCUUAAUUGAGAGAAUUGAUUUACAAAUGCUGAGGAAUUCCUCCAAUUUCUGAUUUAUAGCACACAACAUAACCCACAUUUUAUGAUUAGCUUGGUACUGUAACUCUUGCUUAAAUCAGAUUUGGAAGCAACUUAUCCAUUAACAACUUGCAAUACAGAAUCCACUUAACUGGACUACUCUGAAAUGUCAAAGCUGUAUGCUCAGGUUUAGGCUCUGUUUACAUUUGCUUCUAUGCCAGAACAAUUUACUGGAAUAUGACUAAUACACAAGUGAGCAAAGUCAUUUUAAUAGACACUGCUAUGUACUAUCAACAUGAAGAACAGUGUGUGGACUUUACAUUUAUGAGAAUAACAAACAAUGCUGAAAGUAGUUUAUUAGGUUUUUAUUAGAAUAUAUUGGUUACAAACAAUAAAAAAAAAUUACAUCACAGUAAAA